AUGGCACCGACGCACGUUCUCGAUAAUUACUACCUGGCCAUCACGGCCAUUGUCACGGUCGGCUUCCAGCUCGCAUGCUUCUUCGUCGCCUACUCUUGUCAAUUCGACAAGAUUACCGACCUGGCCGGUGGCCUCAACUUUACCAUGCUCGCCGUCCUCACCCUCGCCCUGAGCGGCGCCGGCACGGACCUGCACCCGCGCCAACUCGUCGUCUCCCUCUUCAUGAUUGCGUGGUCGGUGCGGCUCGCCGGCUUCCUCUUCUUCCGCAUCCUCAAGACGGGCAAGGACGAGCGCUUCAACGACAUGCGCGGCAAGUUCCUCUCCUUUCUCGGCUUCUGGGUCUUUCAGAUGCUCUGGGUCUGGACCGUCUCCCUGCCCGUCACCCUGCUCAACAGCCCCAACGUGACGCGCUACCCGCAGCGGCCGUUUGGUACGGGGAGGGACGUUGCGGGCGUGGUGCUCUUUGCCGUCGGCUUCGUGUUUGAGGCGGGCAGCGACGUGCAAAAGUAUCAGUGGAAGGCCAAGCAGACGCGCGAGAGCAACCGCACCGCCGUGUGCGACUCGGGCUUCUUUGCGCUGUCGCGGCACCCCAACUACUUUGGCGAUAUUAUUAUCCAGUGGUCCAUCUUCAUGAUUGCCGUCUCCGCCGCCGCCGACGGCUACGUGCACGGCCAGGCCUACAAGGCCCUGUACGCCAGCAUCCUUGGGCCCGUCUUCAUCACUCUCCUCCUACUCUUCGUCUCGGGCAUGCCGCUCGCGGAGCGGCCCAAGGCCAAGGACCGCUACGAAAAGGGCAACAACUGGGUGGGCUACAAGCGCUGGCUCGACCGCACGAGCCCGCUGAUUCCGUUUCCGCCCCAGCUCUACGCCCGGAUGCCCGUCUUCUUGAAGGGAAGCGUGUUUUUGGAGCUGCCCAUGUACGUGUUUGACCCGGCCAAGCAUUCGGACGUGGCGACGCCUGGCGGUGGGAGGGACGGCGGCGACAGCACUGGCCGCGGUAAUGAAGGGCGGGAAAGUGCCGAGCAGCGGCUCGUGUAG